UUACCGUAUUUUAUCAACAGCAUGGGACUAUAUUGGACUACUCCAAAUGUAACAUUUCGUACUUACUCACUUCCUAUUGACGCAUGCCCAGUAGAGACGUUGAUAAUAAUGCGAAAGUCUAUACAAACUUGAAACGGGCGGAUAUACAGAAAAGUGUUAGCUUUUUCCAAUUCUAUGAGUUUUUCCUUUGUGGAGUGCUGGGACAAAACGAAAUGGCAACAUAUAUUCCUAAAUUGGUUGAUAAGGGAUUCCAGAAUUGGAUAAAAGCCAAUCUAGCAUUGAGCAUUACGAAGGAAGGAACUGAGGACUGUGUGUUAAAUGAGAUAAACACGUUUCACCAAGACACACUAAACGACAUAUUAUCACCAGAACAAAUUUUAAACAAUGACCUGUGUAGACUAUGUAAAAAUGAAAAUAUCUUGCCGUGUCCUACGAGAGGUAUUUGUAUAGUGAAAACAGGUCUCUGUUCCUUCCACUAUACGCAACAGAAAUGGUAUCGACCAUGUCCGAAACAUAUUUGUGAUCGAUUGAGAGAAAAGAUAAGACAAUGCCACAAGUACAAUUUUCCAUCUUGGAAAAACACCAAAGCAGAGGAUUGGUGUCAGAAUCCGUGGGAACUGGCAAAGUGUUACCUGCCUCCAGAUGGGUAUCUCGGGGUCAGAUCUAUAGCAGAAACAGAUAUAAAUGGAAUUAUCAGUGUCGUCAUGAACCAUUCGGCUUACAAAAACAAAGUCGAUAUGCGUCAUUGUCAAGAGGUGCGAGAGGUUAGUAGAAAAUUACGCCAUUGCCCAGACCUGUGUAUAAAUGAUCAAGACUUGAACGGUUUCAUUGGAACACUACACAUGUUUCUGAGUUGUUCGAAGUUGUUCCAGGGUGAUUCAAAGGCAGAGCUUUCUGUGCAAAAGAUAACUAAGUUGAAAGCAGAUUCACUCACAAUAACAACACAUGACAUCACGAAAGUUCUUCAGGAUGUUAUACAUGAAAGCACGCGAAUGUCGUUUCAACAGAUCGAUGAAAGAGUAGCUGAACAUGCAAGAGAAGUUAAGGCUGCGCUUGAUAAACUAGAGAUAGUAACAAGCACAAGCUUAAAGGACAUACUAAGUGCCAAAGCAAGGGCAAUUGACGAUAUAGUCAACCAAGGACAAGUCGCUUUAGAUGAUCUCCAAUCAGCCACUGAACAACUGAAGCUUGGUGUUAAUAAAGAGAUAGAUGAAGCAAAGAAAAUGGUAUUUGCAGACAUAGAAGAUUUAAAAAGGACUCCGAUCAAGGAAAUGAAUCAAACAUCAUCAGUAAGUUAUUCUCGUCGACUCUCUGCAGCUGAUUACCAGCAGUUGAGGAAUGAUUUCAAGUCCGAUCUACUGACAUUUAAUCAACAAUACCACAGCACCAUUCCUCUCUCAUCAGUAUUUGAGGAACAGGAUACACACCUUCAAGGUUUCUACGUUCAACCUGAUAUGAAUUCAAUUCAAGUGCAAAAGAAAACAUUAAGUGAACUUGCUAUAGAAGUGCGGAAGCCAAUUAAAUCUUUACAAGACGUUUUCUAUAGGAAAUCGAAACCGUGUUUCAACAUAUACUUGACAUCAGGAGCUGGCCAAGGGAAGACCGUGUUUUGUAAACAGUUGGUGCUGACAUGGUGCCACGCCCAUAGAAAUCAUAGUAGUGAAAGUAAAACGUUUCAAGAAGACAUACAAUUAAUGAAGGAUUUUGAAUAUAUUUUUCUAGUUUCUUUGAGAAAUGCUACCGCACAGUGCGAUGUUGAUGACAUGAUUGCAAGUCAAGUUGUUCAGAAUUUAGCACAAAACAUAAAAUACACUCCAGAUUUUAUGCAAACACUUCUACAUCGCGAAAAGUGUUUAAUUCUUUUAGACGGCCUUGACGAAUGGUCCCAUCCUGAGCCGAUUUUCACAACCUGCACAAAGACACAAGAUGGUUUGCCACAUAGAAAAGCUAGACCAAACUGCACAAUUCUCACUACAACUAGACCUUGGAAAUUAAGCAUUGUUAACCUCAAAUCCAGUCAGAAAGAUAACCAUAUCGAGAUAGGAUAUCUUGAUGACAACUCCUCACAACAGCUAAUAGCGAAUGCUGUAAGAAAGAUCUUAGAUCAGGACGAUAAUACUGAAAACAGUGUCAAUGAUGAAACCAAUAGUCAAAUUGAGAAUAUAAAAACUGAAAUACGUUCAAGGUCUACUCCGGAGUUUGAAAUGAACCCACUUAUUCUUACUUAUAUGAUUUGCUUGUUGUGUGAUGGAAAAUCUCUAGGCGAAUCAAAAAGUGAAUUGUAUGCAAACAUCAUAGAUUUUCUACUUUAUCGAUGGGAAAAACGAAAUAAAGAAAUUGCAAAAGCCGUUACCGCAGAUAAGGCAUUUGAUGCUGCCUUAAAGCCUGCCAUAUUCAGAAAUUGUAGUCAUAUUAAAGCGUAUGAGAAAUUCCUCCUAUCUUUAGGACAGUUGGCGUUUAAAACUUUGUUUUGUGAAAUAGAAGAAAGAUCUCUCGUUUUUGGAUGUUUUCUGAUGGACAGUUGUCUAACUGAAGACGAACAAAAGUUCUGCUUAUCAACUGGACUUCUGAUACAAAACAAACUUCCGGGAAGAUUAACGACGAAGGAGACUACAGUUGCAUUUUCACAUAAAACGUUUCAGGAGUUUUUUGCAGCCUUGCACAUCUAUUCAAAGGCCGAUUUCAAUGAUGUGAAAGAACCAGUGUUAGAGAAGUGUAACUCAGUUGAAAAUAUCCUUGAAAUGUCAAAUGUCUUUGUAUUUCUUAGUGGGAUUUGUCCUGAACGGUUGCGCAUUCUCUCAAAAGAUCUCAGCAAAAUAAUUCAUGGUGACAAAAUGAUAACCCAAUUCAGAAGUGAGAGUUCUUCUUCCCUUUUCAAAGACACUCUCUAUGAAAAAGUUAAAGGUCUCCAAGAUAUGUAUAUCGCAUGUGUCAAGGAAAGUAAGGAUGCUAAUCAUGAAUCUGUGUACCCAUUACUUCAGGGUGUUGUCAUAGACAUGCGCGGUAACGAAGAAGUACAUCUUCAAGUGUUGCAAAAGCUUACACAAACGAAUAUUGAAAACAUCAAAUCAAUCUGGCUUAUCCAUUGUGAAUCUGAAAUGGACACCCAAAAACUUAUAAAAACCUUAGUCUGGAAAACAUACAUACUCUCGAGAGUCUACAACUAGUAUGUCCAAU